GCGGGGCGGGGCCGGAGAAGUUUGUUGGAGUUCGGGGCCCAGGAGCCCCCGCGGUCGUCGCGCAGGUGCCCACCGCCUGGGCCGGGAUGGAGCUGCCGGUCGUGAACCUGAAGGUGAUUCUCCUGGUUCACUGGCUGCUGACGACCUGGGGCUGCAUCGCAUUCUCGGGCCCCUAUGCCUGGGCCAACUUCACCAUCCUGGCCUUGGGCGUGUGGGCCGUGGCUCAGCGGGACUCUGUGGAUGCCAUCAGCAUGUUUCUGGGGGGCUUGUUGGCCACCGUCCUCCUGGACAUCAUCUACAUCAGCGUCUUCUACCCGCUGGCUGCCACCUCGGACACAAGCCGCUUCGGCGCCGGUAUGGCCAUCCUCAGCCUGCUGCUCAAGCCCCUCUCCUGCUUCCUGGUCUACCACAUGUACCGGGAGCGCGGGGGUGACCUCCUGUCCCACGAUUUCCUGGGACCUUCUCAGGAACAUAGCGCCUACCAGACGAUCGACUCCUCAGAGCCACCUGCAGACCCCUUUGCGGUCCCAGAGGGCAGAGGUCAAGCUGCCCGAGGGUACUGAAGCCAGCCGCCUGCACCAGCCCCGCCACGUUGCUCUCCUGGUGCCCGGGCAUCCUCCUAGGGCGCUUCCCACCUCCCUCCCUCGGACUAACACGGAGUGUGUCUCCCCCAUUCUGUCUCGGGCUGCUGGAAUCAAGUGCCCUGAGAGGCCAGGAGCCCUGUGGCUUCCCGCCCGUGAACACGCCUGUCCUAACCUCCAAGGCUCCCCUGGUCCCAGGCUGGAAUGGUGGCUGUUUUUACCUCCCACCCUCAACUGUACCAUGCGGACUAUGGGUGUGGCUGGUCAGGCCCCUCAGGACCAGGGAUGGCGGCCUCCCCAGGCCUCCCCAAGUCUGUGUCGCUCUUCUGCAGCCUGCUGAGCACUUCAGGUCAUGCUCAGACCUCAUCCGGCACGGGACUAAGUCCCUCUGCUCAGUCAUUGGUGCCUGGCCCCCCGGCCCGGAGGCAGGUGCCUGCAGCACCCAGCACCCGCCCAGCCCCACUGCCUGCUCCCAGCCAGCGUGGAAACUGAGGAAUUCCCUAGUACCAGGCUGUGGUCUGCGCAGUCUCCUGGCCCAGCUGGGCAGUUUCUCCCUUGAACCCAGAUGGAGCCCAGCUCUGGCCUAGCAAGGCCACAGCAGAGGAGGCACUGGGCAGUGCUCAGGGGCAUCGGUUCUCUGGAUCAGAGGACCUGGUGUGGGCCUGAAUCCUGUGCCACUUCGUAACUUAGCACCUUCAGCUUCUUCCAGGAAAGGGUGGGUAAUGCCCGCCCAGAGCCAGCCGUGAAGUUCAGUGUGACGUGAGGGCCCAGGCAGGGCGCCUGUGACAGGGCGCUGUUCCCAGUGGAGUCGCUCCUUGAGCUGGUGAUGUUGGGUCAGGAGGCAAGGGUGGCCUGUCCUGCAGACCCUGUGUCCUGACCCCAGAGCUGACGCAUGUCCAAGAGGUCCUUAGACCAGGGCCAGGGCCCAGGCCUUUCUCACUAACUGACCGGUCGUCGCAGCUUGCUCUCCUGACUCCUGGGCCCAGGUGCCUGGGCUUCCCCAGGGCACAGCCCUGCCAACCUGUAGCCCUCUGCCAAUCAAAAGAGGCUCAGUAGCUGCCAGGGUCCUGGCAAGGGCUUGGGGCCACCCUGGGGCCCUGGGCACCUGCUCUCCAGGGAAGGAGAUGCACACAGUCUUCAUCAGGAGGAUGCCGACUGAGGCAGGAGCCCUGGAAGAGGGGCCCCUGGCAGAGGGUGUCGACCGUGCAUGGCUGCGGACAGGGAAGAGCCUGUCAGGAGGGAACAGGGAAGCCGCGUCCAUUCACUGCGCGGGAUUGUGCCCAGCAGGCACAGCCAACGAGCCGGCCCCCGGGUGUGACAGGCUGCAGAAGGCGUGUGCGAAGGAGAGCGCUCGUGUGCCCCUGCUCUUGGGCACGUGCACAGGAAAUGUGUAAAACACGAGCGAGAAGACAGGUCGGGUUCAUGGCUGCAAUGGCCUCGAAGAGGACACCUGUGACCUGAGGGGACUAGGACUAGAAGGCCUGUCCGUGCCUCUUGUCUUCUGGGUCCCUGGCACAAGGAGGGCCUGCAGUGACCAUGCUGUCAGACCUUGGCUCCUUGUCCCAGUCCCCCAUGCUUGGAGGAAGGGGCCUGAGGACUCCUGUCCCAGGAGGGCUCCCCAGAAGCAGACUGUGCGAGAGCCAGGAGCUGGACCUUCUCGGUCAUGCCAAGGCUCGCCCUGGGUGGGGAGGGUAACUGGCGUUCUUUUGUGGUUUGUUUAGGUGCUGGGGGUUGAACCCAGAGCUUUCCGCAUGCUAGGCAAGCGCUCUCCCCCUCAGCCACAGCCCCAGCCCCGUGUCCACCAUAGCAAACCCCUCCUGCCUCUGACCACCCCACCUCAGCCCUGGUCUUAGGGUUCAGACAUCAGGGUCUCCUGGAAGCACUUGUGUGCGGGCGUGCUGGGAGGCGAGGUGGGUAGCGUGUGAUGGAUUAACAGGAUGGACACUUGGUGGCAACUGCAGGCAGGGAGGCAUGGCAGCAGGGAGCAGUCACAGGGGUGUCCCUUGGGGAUUAUGUCUUGUCCCUGGUGCCUCCUCUCUCUCCCUCUGCUUCCCAGCCUCGGAGCUGAGCCAUUUGCUCUGCCACGCUCUCCCCGGUGAGGUUCUGCAUCACCUUGGGCCCAGAGCAGUGGAGUCAGCCGACCAAGGCCUGCACCUCUAACUCCGUGGGCACAAGACAAACUUCCUCCUCUAGGCUGUACCUUUCGGGCGUUUUGGUCACAGCAAUGCAGACAUGACACGCUCCUGGAGAGCAGAAGCCCUCUGUCCAGUUUGCAGAUCUUGCUUUCACAAAGCUGAGCCUUCCACUGGACGAAGCCAAAGAAGUUGCCUCAGAGGAGGUCACUGCCUGUUCCUGCUGGACAGAACUGGACCAGGCCUCACCACAGGCCUGUCCUGAGCGUCUGGAGAAAGGCUCAGAAAUCCCAGCUCACAGCCUGGGACGCAAUCCCAAAUGUCCCCUGGGGCCAGCUAUGUAAGAGAUGACAGUCUGAACCUCACUGUGCCUUAGUUUCCUGGUUGAAAACAAAAUGGGGAUAAUGUGCCUAACUCAGGGAUUUGGGAGGCUUGGAAACGGUGUAGUACAAAUGUUUAAUAAAUGUCAGAGCUUA